UUAUGGAAGUAAUUAACAGCACCACAACCGCUGUGCCUGCAACCAAGCAAACUUACAAACACACACAUUCACAUUCACAUUCCAAUAAUGAUUUCCCCUCCAAAACCAUUCUCAUUACCAUCACUCUCCUCACCUCUCUUACCCUCUUCUUUGCCAUUUUUCUUGUUGCAUUCAUGCUCCGUCGUCUCAAAUCCAAACACUUCGCUUCAAGUAGUCCAGAAGUGAAGGGAGGAUGUGUUGAUCAUCAUCAUCCAACACCAACAACACCAAAUAAAUUUCGAGGUGUUCAAGUGUUGACAUACAGAGAGAUAGAAGUGGCGACAGGUGGAAUGAGUGAAGGAAAUGUAAUUGGGAAUGGAGAUUCUGGUUUGGUGUACAAAGGAAUCCUAAGUGAUGGAACUUUGGCAGCAAUUAAACUCAUGCGAAGGGAAGGGAAGCAAGAAGAGCGUGCCUUCAGAAUUGAGGUGGAUAUCCUAAGCCGUUUGCACUGUCCUUAUUUGGUGGAAUUGCUAGGCUAUUGUGCGGACCAUCACCACAGGGUGUUGGUGUUUGAAUACAUGCCUAAUGGAACACUCUAUCACCAUCUCCACUCUCUUAAUUACAAUAAUCAAUCUCAGCCGUUGGAUUGGUGGACCAGGAUGAGAAUAGCCCUUGAUUGUGCCAUGGCUUUGGAGUUCUUGCAUGAACAUGCUCUCUCCCCUGUCAUACACCGUGACUUCAAGACUGCUAAUGUUCUCUUGGAUCAAAAUUUUCGUGCCAAGGUCUCCCAUUUUGGAUUGGCCAAGACUGGCUCUGACAAGAUCAACGGUCAGAUUUCCACCCGCGUGUUAGGGACCACCGGAUAUCUCGCACCCGAGUAUGCAUCAACGGGAAAGCUUACUACAAAAUCUGAUGUAUAUAGCUAUGGCGUGGUUCUUCUGGAAGUGCUAACCGGGCGCGUACCGGUUGAUAUUGAGCGACCUCCGGGAGAACAUGUACUUGUCUCUUGGGCUCUUCCAAGGUUAACAAACAGAGAAAAGGUGGUGGAAAUGGUUGACCCUGCUCUUCGAGGACAGUACUCAAAGAAGGAUCUAAUUCAGGUAGCAGCAAUAGCAGCAAUGUGCAUACAAACAGAAGCAGAUUACAGGCCACUAAUGACGGAUAUUGUUCAAUCACUGAUACCACUUGUUAGGAAUCCCUCCUCAUCAUCUAGUUCCUUAAGAUUUCUUAAAAGUCCAACCUAUUAAUUAUUAUAUCUAAAUUUAUUUUGUUCUUAAUUAGACUACUUACAUCAGAUAUAUAUUUGAUAAG